CAACACGACAAACUAACGCCAAUUGUGUAACCUUACAACGAGUUUGAAACAUGGAUAUUACAACGAUACAGGAGAUUGAGCUGCCUGCGGCGUUUGAUGCCCAUGUGCACUUGCGCGAUGGGGAAAUGUCUCAGUUGGUUACGCCUACUAUUCGUAAGGGUGGUGUGAAUACGGUCUAUGUCAUGCCAAACCUUGUUCCGCCUAUUACUACAGUAAAGCAAUGCCUUGAGUACCGCGAUCGACUAAAGGCCAUCGAGCCAAAUGUCGAGUACCUCAUGUCCCUCUACUUGCAUGAAGAUAUCACACCUGAGGUCAUUCGUGAAGCCAAAAAAGCCGGAAUCACAGGCGUAAAAUCGUACCCUGCUGGUGUCACUACGAACUCCUCUUCUGGCGUCCUGGACUACGAAACUUUCUACCCCGUCUUCGCCGAAAUGGAAAAACAAAAUAUGGUCCUAAACCUCCAUGGCGAAGUCCCUUCAACCCCAUCUCACGCCCCUCUCUCCCCCAACAAGGAAAGCUCGGCAAUCACAAUCCUCAACGCCGAACCCGCCUUCCUCCCCACUCUUCUCUCCUUGCACCGCGCCUUCCCCUCCCUCCGCAUAAUCCUCGAACACUGCAGCACCGCCGCCGCCCUCUCCACCGUCCUCUCCUGCGGCCCCACCGUCGCAGGCACAAUAACAGCGCACCACCUCUCCCUCAUCAUCGAUGACUGGGCCGGCGACCCCUUUUGUUUCUGCAAGCCCGUUGCCAAGACUCCCGAAGAUAGGGAUGCGCUGAUUCGCGCUGUCGUACAGAGUAAUGGGAGGUUUUUCCUAGGAACGGAUUCGGCGCCGCAUCCACGGGUGAAGAAGAGGGGCGAGGAUAAGGUUGCGGCAGGCGUGUUUACGCAGCCGCAUGCGCUGGGGUAUGUGGUUGAUGCGCUGGAGAAGGGGGUGGAAAGGGGGGUUAUUUCGAAGGAAGAGGUUACGCAAGAGGGGUUAGAGGGAUUUUUUGGGAAGUGGGGGAGGGCGUUUUAUCAAAUUGAAGAUAAGCGGGGGGAGAGGGUUGUGCUUGGAAGGGGUGGGGAGAAGAUUUUGGAUGUUUUGAAGAAGAAGGAGGGAGGGGUCGAGGUUGUGCCGUUUAGGAGGGGGGAGCAGACGUGGAGUGUGGAGUGGAAGUAAAGAGGGGGGAGAGGGGGUGGCAUCUGUAGAGUGGUUUGCUUGGUAUGGUGGAGUUGAUGUUUUCUUUAGGGGGGAUUUUUGUGUAAGUACAGUAUGGGUAUAAAUUAUGCGGAAUAUUUCUAUAUAUAUUUGGUGCCGUGUAAACAGUGCUGUAGAUUUACUUCUCAAUAAGAUCCUUGAAUAAACUCUCGC